AUGGCUGCUUGGUUUCUGAAGAGAUUAGCAGCACUACGAGCCCUAAAGACAGAAAGUAGCUGCAUCACAGGACGUUUGGGGAAAGAGCUCGUGCAGAACACGGCACUGGGACCAUCUGUCACCACGUCAGCCCCGAGGCUGCCCUGCCUAAUUCACACACGAGCGUUCAGUGUGGCCGAAGACCCCCAGGAUGCCAGAAAAAAGAAAAAAACGACUGAAACAGCUUUUACUAACACUGGGAGGAAAAUCAGUGAGCGGAUUAUCCACGUGAUUGACGAGAAGGGGCAUGAUUUGGGGGACAUGCACCGAGCAGACGUGAUUAAGCUCAUGGAGCAGCGGGAGCUGAGGCUUGUUAAAAGGAGUGGCAGCACAGAGCAUCCCCAGUACCAGCUCAUGACAGGACUCCAGAUUCACGAGGAGCGAAUGAGGAUCAGGGAGCGGGACAAGGCCACAGCUAAGACGGGUAGGUACACUGCAGUUCACUCCAGGGACAAGGCCACACCUGGACAGGAGGCGCUAUUUAACCAAAUCCUCCAGACAAUGCCCGGAACAGCUACCUUCUCGUCCAAGCCGCAGGCCGUCAGAGGAGGCAAGGCUGUGACGUGUGUGCUUCGCCACAUGAGCAGGAAGGAAGAGAGCGCGUACAGAGACGCCCAGGGGGCCCGGCAAGGGGACGUUCUCAACAAAGGACAGGACAGGCCACCAGACGCUCUCCAUCAGUGA